CACACACUGACGGUGUGAAAUCAUUGGAGGGUGAUUAUGAUCAGGCAUAUUUAAGAUAUUUAAAUAUAUAUAUGGGCUGGAUUCCGUUUCAGUCCCAAAGUUUUAUUCUAUCACAGCCCAUUGGAUGCAAAAACCACUGCUGGAACGCGCAGACGUCCGCGUUUCGAUUGGCUGUCCGCAGUGUCGCUCAGAGGAAUGACGAUUUUGCUGCUAUAACCAGCUGAUGCUGAGGCAAUGAACACGGAGCCUCUGAAGAACUGUUGACGGUACAUGGAUACCCCGUCAUCGGCGUUAUGUCUGCGGAUUCGGUCUCAUCUCCAUCCAGAGGUUGAGUGAGUAGGAUAUUUGAUCGUGUCACGACGCGCGGUGCUCGGGCUUUCUCCCCCCCAUCCUGUCGCUCCACAUGAUGUUUCCUCGUCUUCCCACAUCAUCAUUUUCAUGGACAUGAUCCUGUGCGCUUCACUGAUUGAGCUUUCUCACCUCACACAGGCGGCACAUAACAUCUGCAGGUACGACCAUGUGGAUAGAAGUACGAAACAAACCACCUCAAGACAUGGAAUAGAGGGAAUUCAGAGACAACUCGAGUCAAAUAAAUAGAAGAAACUGUCAUUUGAAAAAAGAAAAACGUACGGCUGGAAGAGAGCUGUAGAGGAAGAGAUCCACACAGAAGUAAAAGGGGAGUGAAGAUGGGGUGUGGUCAGAUCCUUGCCAGCUUUCACCUGAACUCUACGGUUCACUGUGUCAGCCGCCGGUCAAAGCAGGAGUCUCCUCGCUAAAGCUUGAGCGGCUCAUUUCACCUGCUUGAGGAGCCCCCACCCUCGGUGAUGUGAUGAAUAAGUUUGAAGUCCUUGGCAUUGUGGGAGAAGGAGCAUAUGGAGUGGUGCUUAAGUGCAGGCAUAAGGACACCAAUGAGCUGGUGGCCAUUAAGAAGUUCAAAGACAGUGAAGAAAAUGAGGAGGUCAAGGAGACGACGCUUCGGGAGCUGAAGAUGCUUCGGACACUGAAGCAGGACAACAUCGUCGAACUGAAGGAGGCUUUUCGCAGGAGGGGGAAACUCUAUCUCGUCUUUGAAUAUGUUGAGAGGAACAUGCUGGAGCUCUUAGAGGAAAUGCCCACUGGUGCUCCGCCUGAUAAAGUCCGCAGCUACAUCUACCAGCUCAUAAAAGCUAUCAACUGGUGUCAUAAGAAUGAGAUAGUACACAGAGACAUCAAGCCGGAGAACCUCCUCAUCAGCUCUGAGGAUGUUCUCAAACUCUGUGACUUUGGUUUUGCUCGUAACCUGUCUGAAGGAACAGAUGCCAAUUACACCGAAUAUGUGGCUACAAGGUGGUACCGCUCGCCUGAGCUGCUGCUGGGGGCUCCCUAUGGAAAGGCAGUGGACAUGUGGUCGGUGGGGUGUAUCCUCGGGGAGUUGAGUGAUGGACAGCCCUUGUUUCCAGGGGAAAGUGAGAUAGAUCAGCUCUUCACCAUUCAGAAGGUUUUGGGGCCGCUUCCUGCAGAACAGAUGAAACUCUUCUAUAAUAACCCUCGCUUUCAUGGAAUCAGGUUUCCCUCUGUUACUCAUCCUCAGACUUUGGAGAGAAGGUACCAAGGCAUCUUGAGUGGUUUGAUGUUGGAUCUGAUGAAGAACCUUUUGCUGCUAAACCCCACUGAGCGCUACCUGACAGAGCAGAGUUUGAACCAUCCGGCCUUCCAGCCUCUGAGGCAGGCCGAGAGAGAGCGGCCUCCUCCUGCAUCUCCCAACCCACCGCGCUCCUCCAAGAGGAAAACACACCAUCACGGAGAGAACACAGUUCCUACAAGGAGUCACACUAAAAGCACGAGCCGUCGCUCCAACAGUAAAGAAUGUUCCAGCCUGCCUCGACAUGGUGACCUCCAUCACCUCAGCAGCAAGAGUUUCCUUAAUGGUAACAAACAGCCUCCAUCCAGUUUAAGUCCUACACUCCACCCCAAGGGCCAGUACAUGUCCCAGACCCUCAAUCGCUCUGCCUCAUCUAGCAAAGACCUGGCAAACAACAACCUGCCGCACCUCCUCAGUCCCAAAGAAGCCAAAGGCAAGACAGAGUUUGAUUUCAGCUUGGGACCCUCCCCAAAGCUGCCAGACCAGGGACACGGGGUGAAGUACAGCCACAGCAAACCCAGCUCCUCUCGCUCUCAGCAGCAACAGCAGCAGCAGCAGCAGCAACAGCAGCAGCAGCAGGCUGUCCGCCACACCUUUCUGGAAAACAAGACCAACACGCUGCAGUCAGCAGAGAAACAACAUGGCCGGCACGCCCACAGCAUGGCUGACUCUGCUCACGGGUCCAUGUCCUCCUCCUCUAAGAGUUCUGCCUCUUAUCUCAGCCUGUCUAAGAGCCACAGCGCGCUGAGUGAUGCCAAAUCUGUAGGGAACCUCAGCGACGGUCGACUCCACCCAGAUGACCCAAACGCUAACACGACAGCAGGGGUGGGACCCAGUGCCCGCUUCUUCCCUGCCAGCUGUUUAGAUCUAAACGCCCCUUCAGGUCCUCCGGGGCCGCCUGGCAGCCCCUCUGCUCGACACAGCGAUCGAUCUGGGCACAGUCCUGCCUCUCGUAGCAGCGGCAACGUCCGCAUGGAGAGCAGCACACUGGACUCCUCGUCCAGACACAAAUCCAGACAUAAAUCUUUAGCACCAGAAGAGGCCGGAGCUCCAGAGCUCUUAGACCCAGGAGGAGCAGGGAUGCCCUCCACUCACACUCUGCCUUCUCCACAUGAGUCAUAUCAUUAUGGCCUGGGCUAUACCUCCCCCUUCUCCUCUCAGCAACGGCCUCAGCGCCACUCCAUGUAUGUGAGGAGGGAGCGCCACAGACCACACGGAGUCGAGGGUGGGAUGGCCGGCUUGCCAGCACCGGGGCAGGCAAUACCAACACGUGCCAGUAGCCUGCAACUCCUCUCUCCUCAGCUGCAGCACCGGACCACCCUCACCGGACACUCAGUGAGCUCCUCAAGAGAGGACUGCACCGAUGACAUGACGAGGAGUGAACAGUCCCCUAAAGACAUGAGCCACCCUUGUGCCCCCGUCAAAGACUCUACGAGGGACAACACAGCUGCUUUUCAUACACAGCGCUCUAAAAAUGAGGUCGGCAUGUAUCACGACCCUCAUGGUGAGGACGGAGGUUCCUCCAAGGAAAACCGGAUGAUCUUCACUGAGUCCAUGCCUCGGAGAGUAGGCAGCUUUUACCGAGUCCCCUCCCCCAGACCAGAUAACUCCUCCUCUUUCCAUGACGGCGUCGGACAGGGUCGAGGACCAGUCGUACCUGUUGUAGCCAUAGAUCCCGUUGCCAUGGCCAACCACUCCAAACGGCAGACGGCUUUUGACUGGACCGCCGCAGAAGCAAUGGUCAUGAAUCCUCCAGAGCCCGCCAAAGAGAAGGAGAAACAGGGUUUCUUCAGAGCCAUUAAAAAGAAAAAGAAGAAGACACAAAUAACGGACAUGGAGGACGGGAGGAACCCCAGCAUCAAGAAAAGCCUUUUCCCCCUCUUUAGCUCUAAGAAUAGCUUAAAGCACAACUCAGCUGUCAAAGUCCUACCUGUAGUCGCCUCGCCCAUGGUACAACACCAGCCUCCCGCGCCCUACCCUGCCUCACCAGUUCCUGGUAACGGACAAGAACACCUGUCCCUGCAGAGGAGCUCCAAGUCGUCCUCUCACCACAGCAGCCGACGGAAAAACCGUGAGCGGUCCCGAGACAGAGACCGGGAACGGGAACAGAGCCGGGACCGAGACAGAGAGAGGGAGAGAGAAAGAGAGAGAGAGAGGGAGCGAGAGAGGGAAAGAGGGAGGGAGAGAGAGAGAGUCAGUGACUGGCCGCCAGACAAACCAGUGGACUCACAUUCUCAGAGUCAACCACUCAAGUCACUCCGCAGGCUCCUUCACCUCUCCCCUUCUUCCUCGAAUCAAGGACAGCCUCCUCCUCCUCAGCCUCCUCCUCAAGACCUGCGCUUCCAAGCCCCCCUGCCCAACCCUCCUCAGCCCUCCUCCAAAGCGAGCUACUCCGAGGCUCGAGGGCAUGCCGACAGCAGGGGUCACGCCGGGGUGAGCAGCUCCACCCAGGCUAAGAGCCGCAAGGCCAGCUACCCCCUCCCUGGACAGAUCGAGUCCAGCUGGCACGUGUCUGCAUUACAGCGAGCAGAGGGCGCUCAGUUCACCCCAGAACAGCUGGGCAUCAAACCGGGGCAAAACGGACCCACCUUUACCCGAGCCUCCCGCACCAGGAUGCCAAACCUCAACGACCUGAAGGAGACCGCGCUGUAAACCCCACCCAAACGACACCACCUCCAAUAUGUGUCCAUCCUGGAAGCAUCUGCCAGAUGCAGAUAUCAUGGUACUGUAGUACAAGUUUACAUGAAAGCUUACUUCACUGGAUUAACUCCUCAUUCAGAAACAUUUUUUUGUUUGUUUGUUUGUUUGCUGUUGCUCAUGUUUCUGAAAUCUACAAAGACUAGACAUUGACAGGCCAAUCACAAUACAGUAACAGUGUGGUUUAGAGAUUCAAGGACAGGACAGGACAGGGACCGCUCCUUCGUGGGAUGUCAGUACUGUAUCAGUUUUAUGUCGUUGGCUCUCUCUUAAACAAGAUCAGGACAUCAGAACGAGCUGAUCUUUCCUGUCAAGGAGACACUGCCCAUGUGGCCUCUCUGCUGCCAUCUUCUGCUCACAGGACACUACAGCAACACAUCUGACAGCCGGUGGCCAAUAAACUAAUGUUUUUCAAGCUCCGAUAUUUGAUAAGAACGGAAAAAAAUUUAAAAAAGAUUUAUAUAAACAUUAUUUAUUAAAUAUUUAUUUGUUUUAAAUUCAAGGAUAUAAGCUAUAAAUGACACAGUAUGUAGGCUAUAUGGGAAUAUUAUAAGGAAAUAUAGAAUUAAAUGUGUAACUGCAAGAGCUUUAGUUUCGACACAAAGAAAUGCAUAGAUAUUUACAUGUUGAUAAUACAAUAUGUCACAUGGAAUAUUUAAUAAUGGUGAAUGUCGUUUUUUGUUCUGUUUGGUAUGUUAUUAAUAGCUUUUGACAUUAGAUCACGUUAUUUUUAACCUUUUUUUCCCUGUUUCAUCAAAAUGUAAAGAAAUAUUGAUAAUACGUGUUGCCUAAAGGGGAUUGGGGUCUACAAUAUUACAUCUUGUGCAAAUCAUAAUAUCAGUUUUAAAGUUUUGUGACAAGUGGGGCUUUUUGUCAAUAGGGUUUGGUAGCAGAACAGCCAGAGUGCGACUGUUAGGUUCUGUACUUUACAUCCAGUGACUGUCACUCCACUUUACGUCCCACACUUGGUGUCAAUAUUUUUUAAAAAAGUGAAGCCCUAAUUUCAGUCUCUCAGUUAAUUUUUCAGCGAUGACAGCUUUCCAGCGCCGUGCUGCCAUGUUGGUUUUGUCUACAGCCUUAACAGCAAGUGAUGGACGUCAAUACUUUGGUGCCAGUUGGCGUGAAAGACAACGUCGAAGUGGUCAAGAUGAUAUAAGGGCAUUCAUUCUGCAACAAAAGGCAUACCUCUCCUUCAAUCUCCUAUAGGUUAAAUGUGGAUGUAUUUUACUUUGUCUUAAUGUCAACAAAUCCAAUGAAAAGCCCAGAACCAACCAUGAACUGAGCCUACGAACAUAUGUUGUCUGUGUAUCCUAAACCUGACAUACACAGCUUACAGCUCCGUGACCUAGUUGUUCAGAAGCUAAUAAAAGCACAUCAGUGAGCCACUUUACCGUGAACAUGCGCGCUGUAGUUUUCUAGUCUUCAACAAAUGCACCAUCUACUCCUGUUUUGGUAGUAUUUACUCUUAACUACAGUGCCCAGUAGUUAGGUAUGUAAGUAAGGUAUGAUUUAUAAACUUUAGAAGACUAACUAGAAUCAAAGUAUUUUCUGACUAAAAUUAAACUACAUCUGUUUUGUUUUUGAAGAUAUACAUCUUCAGUAGGAUCACACUGGUCUUGGGACUGAUUGCCACCGACAGGCUGAGGUAAUCAGAGGCCAUGUAGUGGGGGUGCCAAUGCAGGGGUUUCUGGCAAAGCACUGCAUGAUCAUGAUCAUCAAUGCAUGAUGAUGAUGAUGUCACUCAAGCACACAUUACUGGUAGAUUACAUGUUGUGUGUAACGUUAACGCUGUAUUCCUUCUGUUUAGCUCACAAUUGGCAUGAUGAAAGCUAAAACAGCCGCCGCAGUGAUAACUUUUCAUGGGAUUUGUUGUCAAUAAGAAAUACAUGGACAGACAGAUUUUUAUGCUUCACUGCGAGUUUGCAUUUUUCCGUGUGCUUUCUAGAAGCUUGUGUCACAGUUUUCGUAAAUUCCUUCCAUAAAUGUGAAUUUGGUUUUGCUGCUUCAUUCUCAUUACAACUUUUAUUUUUGAUGUCAACAGUCAUAAUCAGGGAUGAUUUACCCAAUUAGGGUAUUCACAAAAGCAUUUACUUGUUGUUCACUGAGUUGUAUACAACAAUACACUAUUUGUGGCCUGGGCAACAUAUACAGCAUAGUUUCUCUUUUCAGUAUAACUUUUAUCCGUCAUUCCUUCCUCUUCUUCUGUGGUUUGAAGUGAAAAGAAAAGUUUGAUAUCACAGAAGGGGGGAACUAAAGGGGGGAAAAAGCUGGAUGCAUUUGUGCAAAAUUAGACAACCUUCUGUGGACUAAAGAGAAAGAGAGUUUGGGAGAAUUUUAUGUUUUCUUUCUCGUCUGUCGAAAAGAUGAAAGUACUCAAGUGAAAACAAAGGGCAAAAAAAAAAGAAAAGGAAUGAACCAAUUGACUACAUGGCUGACUGAAAGCAAUAAUAUACAGAAAGAGACUCAGACAUGAUGCAGAUUGUACUUGCUAAAUAAGUGGCUAUUUAGAUUGGAGCCAAAUAUAGCACGAAAAAAUGAUUUCCAGGAGACUGUGAUUAAAGCAAAGUGUCCAUAAUAUCAAGGCAUCACUCUGCAAUACAUUUCUUGUUUUCAAUUUGUCCUCGACUGUAAACGAGGACAUGUAAAACUGCCCCACGUCACGUGUUACAGAAAGUCCUGAUUGCUAAUGAUUGUAAGUGACUGUUGACUUUGUCUAUAUCAGUGGCUUUCAAAGCAGGAUCCGGAGACCCCCAGGGGGGCCUUGAGGGGGUUUCUAGGGGUCCCCAGCAAAAUGGGGGAAAAAAAUGUAUUUUCAAUGUAAUAACAUAAGUAACACAAUGGCAGAAUGUAGGACUACUGUGGUAACAAAACACCUGAAAGCAAACU